CUAUGGGCUGCUGUUGGCCGCAUCGGCCUUGUAGACAGGGUCGGCAGGUGGGUGAAAAGCCUCAUCGUCACCGUGACUGGCGGGGAGAGGGAAAGCCAGGAUGGUAUUGCCCCUGCCAUGACGAUGGCCCCUGCUGCUGCUGCUGCUGCUGCUGCUGAUGCUGGAGUCGACAAUCUGCACGGAUUAACACCAAACACACAGGCCCUCACUCCCUCGCACUGCAAUGGGGGCCGCUGUGGCGACCUCGUCCGGCAUCAGCGCAUGCAUGUGUCUGCAUACCUUGUUGUUGGUGCUGGUGAACGGCAGCCUUGAUACGGAGAAAGCGGCCGCCGUGCCCAGGACAGCGACAAAGACAGCGAUGAGGGCAAACAGCUUCCGGUAGCAGAAGGGGGGCAUGGACAAUCUCACUGGGAACACACAAACCUAUGUGGGGCAGCCUUGUGGACGGUUGUCACAGCCCUUGGGAGAAGGAGAAGGAAAG